CACCUGACUGCGUGAACUGGAAGUAGUAACUCAGCGGCCGGAUGUUCUGGUAGAGAACGGCAUUAACAAAAAGGGAGAGCCCAGUUUUAAACCUGCUGAGCAACCCAAAAUAACAGAAGUGAAACACUGCUCGUUGGAGGAUAAAAGACUUUGGGUUGCAUGUGAGGACAAGUGUCAGCCGGGCCAACCAUGGCGAACAAUACAGAUGAUGUUGAAAACAAUAUGGCUCAACGGGAAGCAGCUCAAGCCCCAGAGCCCACCCAGAAACCACAGGAGGCGUCUGGGACGAGACUCCGGUCCAGCGGAGGUUCAGGUGCAGGAGGAGGUGUUGCUGAAGGGGGUAGUCGUGGUAACGACAGCAGCCCAGAGCAGAAUGGGCAGGCCCCCACUGCUCACCCUCAGGUGGUGGAGAACGAGGAGGAUGAAGAUGAGGAGAUGACUCUAAAGUACGGGGCCAAGCAUGUCAUCAUGCUGUUUGUUCCUGUGACGCUCUGCAUGGUGGUCGUCGUGGCAACCAUAAAGUCUGUUGGCUUCUACACCAAGAACGAUGGGCAAAGACUGAUUUACACACCAUUUCCUGAAGAGACAGACACCGUAGCGCAGAGAGCUGUCAACUCCAUCCUGAAUGCCACCAUCAUGAUCACUGUGAUCAUCGUCAUGACGUUGGUGCUGGUGCUGCUUUACAAGUACCGCUGCUACAAGGUGAUCCAAGGCUGGCUCUUUCUCUCCUCUCUCCUCUUGCUCUUCUUCUUCUCCUACAUCUACCUCAAAGAGGUUUUCAAAACCUACAAUGUGGCCAUGGACUACUUCACCUUGGCAAUAAUAGUCUGGAACUUCGGGGUGGUGGGCAUGAUGUGUAUUCACUGGAAGGGACCUCUGCGGCUCCAGCAGGCCUACCUCAUCAUGAUCAGUGCUCUGAUGGCCCUGGUUUUCAUCAAGUACCUACCAGAGUGGACCGCCUGGCUCAUCUUAGCAGUUAUAUCAGUCUAUGAUCUGUUGGCCGUGCUCUGUCCCAAAGGGCCUCUGAGGAUCCUUGUUGAAACAGCCCAGGAGAGAAAUGAACCCAUCUUCCCAGCUCUUAUCUACUCAUCUACGAUGGUGUGGCUUGUGAACAUGGCAGACAUUGAGAGGCCAAACAGGAACUCAGCAGAAGUGGGUUUACCCCAGCAGAACACUCAUGGAGAAGCUGUGGCGUCUCCGGCACCCGCGAGUCCAUCACCGGACGACGGUGGCUUCACGUCUACUUGGAUCAACCAGCAGCAGCACCAGCUGGGACCGCUUCAGUCCACUGAGGAAACCAGACGUGAGAUCCAGCAGAUGCCCUCCGCCCGCCCCCCUGUUGAAGACGAUGAUGAAGAAAGGGGCGUCAAGCUGGGACUCGGGGACUUCAUCUUCUACAGCAUGCUGGUGGGGAAGGCCUCUGCCACCGCCAGCGAGGACUGGAACACCACGCUCGCCUGCUUUGUUGCCAUCCUCAUCGGCCUCUGUCUGACUCUGCUCCUCCUCGCCAUCUUUAAGAAAGCCCUGCCGGCUCUGCCCAUCUCCAUUUUCUUUGGCCUGGUCUUUUACUUUGCCACAGAUAAUUUGGUCCGGCCCUUCAUGGAUAAACUGGCGCUGCACCAGUUCUACGUUUAGCAGGACGCUGCCCUGAUGACCUUCGCUCUCCUGCCAACAUGAGGGUGCCCCCAUCAUGCCUGGAACAACAAAGGCUGCUGCAGUGGCCCCUCCGGCCCCCCCCCACACACUCCCUCUGAAGAACUCAUGCCAAUAGACACAAGUUGUUUUUGCUCUGCCUUCCUUCCUGGCACCAAGAGAGGGUUCAUCCCCCACAUUCACCUCCACCCCACUCCACCCAGACAACAAUAGCUGAGUAUUUAAUUACAUUUCAGCCAAUGAGACUUUUCUCUCUCAACACAAGACCUCAUCUUCAGUUUGGUAAGGAGCGCUCUCAUGCAACUCCCAGACCAAGUGAGAUCAUUGGAUCUUAAUUCCUGCAGGUAAGCUGCUCCGAUAGCUUGUCUGCUUCCCAGCCACACGUGUCCCACCACCGGGAGUUUCCCAAGUGUCGCCUCCAGCUGGAGCGGAGGUGCCUUCCUCAGGGACACCGAGAUGUGGAGAGAAGGAAGAUGGGUGAUAAAAUCUCCCUUCAGAGACUUUACCCAAGCAUCGUUCCUGACUCAAGCACACCUUCAUCCCCUCUGACCCCAGGACUGGAACCCGUUGAUCACACUGAUGGAGUCAGGUAGUGACACUGCUAGUGGAUCAGAGCGAGUAGUUAGAUUGUCCGUCACCAGAACGCGCUUUGCUCUCUGCUGUCAAAAAGUGGUUAAAAUAGUUUGCUUGUGUUUUCCAACGAGACACUACAACUGAAAACACGUUUUUAAGCAGCUGUCUGUUUCUCGUGAGGAGAGAGGACGCAGGGUUUAUUUUAUUGUGACCAUGCUUUGUGUUUCCUGCCCACGGUUUUCAAAUUAAGAGCUCACAGUUUGGAGAGAUACAUAGAGGCGUUCUCACACAUCAGCCACGAACUGUUAGCCGCCAGGCAGUCGGAGUUUCAGUGCCUUGCUCAAGGGCAUUUCCCUAAUUGUUAUUGUAGUUGUGAGACAUACAUGUGACGUGUUUUCUUUCCCUUACUGAGAUGGAGCGUUUUUAUUUUUCACCAGUCCAGGGAUUGUAAGCUGUGCCGAUCCAGACGCAGACAUAAACCUUUAGGCUCCGCCCGCCCUCAUGGCGCUCACCUGGUGCUGUUUGGAACUAUGCUACGUCAAACACUGAAGCUACUUCAGCUCUGCACGGAUUCUUGUUUUUCCUACAUCCUGAUGAGAAACCUUUUGAAACUUGAGUUUUAAUCAGCUUCCUGGUGACUCUUCUAACCCAGAUUGUGUCCAGCUAGUCGACAUUCUGAUGAAGAGGGACUAGCUCUAGUAAAAAACAAGACAAAAUGAAUCACAGAAAAUCUUUUAGUCUCAGAAAACAAACCAAAAAGUCUGACUUAAAGCUAAACUCGGUGAGUGAGCGAUUGUACCAGAGGACCAGCUGCACUGACGCUUCUUCUUUGCUGAAUUUGGGUUUGGUGCUUGCAGACUAGAGACCCCGGAGGGAACAACCACGUAAUAUUUGUUCAAGUGUUUUUUCCCUUGGUGUUUUAGGGAAGCGGUUGGGUGAGUGGCUUCUUUAUUCUGUAUUUCACAUGCAUAUAUGUGUGUUAUGCAAAACUCUUCUGAUUCAGAUUUUGUUCUUUUUUUUUUUUAAAUAAACAAACUAAAAGUA